UAUAACUCACAGUUAAGCAGGCUUGUCAUAGACAGGCUGUGGACACGGUAUGGGGGACGACUGACCUAGUGGACAGGGCGCAGAAUAGGCUAUAAGGAGGUCUAUUGGAUAGUGUGGGACAUUUAGGAGCAGGAAAUCCCACUACUAUACAUUUAUUGGCAGAGGGCAGUUUUGCUGAUGGCUCCGAUGGUUUUGGUGUUUGACCAGAUGACCAUUCUGAUAAUGACUGCUACCAUUUUAGGGAUAAAAAUGACAUAAUGAUCCAAUUGAGCUGAGCUGAGGAUGAUGGUACUUUCAUAUACAAAUUACAACUUUUAAGAAUAUGUGCCCCUUGAGCUCUCCUCCUUAUCUCAGAAGCCUUCUUCUGAUUUCUGUACCAACCAUUUCCCUUCCAUGGGCUGCUUUUUUCCUUCCCUUUUUAGCUGGGACCUUUCCUAGAUGGCGCUCUCAGAUCUUCCCAGUACCCCACUGGCUCUUGAAUACCUCAAUGACUUUGACCUGAUGAAGUUUGAGGUAAAGAGAGAGCCUCCUGAACCACGGGCCAACCGCCUGGCCCCACCUCCAUCUCUGGGCUCCACUCCAUGCAGCAGUGUACCACCAUCACCAACAUUCAGUGACCCCCCUGAACCAGUAGGACCACCGCGUCCUAGUCUAGAAGAACUUUAUUGGAUGGCAGCACUACAGCAGCAGAUGGGUGGGGAAGGACUACCACUAACUCCGGAGGAUGCUGUAGAGGUGUUGAUGGGUGGCGGAGCACCUUCUCUACAAGGGAUUGAAGGGGGAUACAGGACUGGGGGGCAGCACCCCCACAACACUCACCAUACUGGUUACUUGCUGAGUCCAGAAGAUAUGAAUGCACAGCAGCACCAGCUGUCUCCACUGUCUGAACGUUUUUCUGAUGAGCAGUUGGUAGGAAUGUCUGUUCGAGAGUUGAAUCGUCAGCUCAGGGGUUUCAGUAAAGAAGAGGCUUUGCGACUCAAGCAACGCAGGCGCACAUUGAAGAACCGAGGUUAUGCCCAGUCCUGCCGGUACAAGCGGGUCCAGCAGCGUCACGUCCUAGAGACAGAGAAGUGUCAGCUCUCUCGUCAACUUCAACAACUACAGCAGGAGGUGGCUCGGGUGACGAGAGAGAGGGAUGGUUGGAGAGCACGAUAUGAAAAACUGCUGAAUGCCACAGGAGGGGGGAAUGGGCCGGAUGUGCUGGGUGCAGGGGGAGACACAGGGCCUGGAGCUGAGCUCUUCCUGUGAUACUCAAAUCAAAAGACUGAGCCUAACUUCAAAAGGAGGAGACUGACCUGACUCCUUACAUAGAAUACCUAUUAUAAAAAGCCCCUAAUGUGCAACAUGAAAGCUCUAGAACUUUUCACUGCCAUUUCUUCAUUUCUCGGAGUAGAAAGACACAAAUUUUCUGGAUUCAAUCUAAUAUAUUUAUUAAUUCCCAGAGUUCAUACAUGAGGCGCCCUUCAAUACUAUGCAAAGUCACCAAUGCCAUUGGGUGCUAGAGUCCACCCCCUGUAAUGCUUCCAAUUUAUGCAGACCUUGACUAUACUGGGAUCAUUGCCAUGGAUUCUAGUUAAGUUUUAAUAAAAAGUCAUUUCUGUCCCAGCCCCGGAGAAAACAAUAACAUUUUUCCUUUUUAUGAGACCACCACCUAAAGCUAACUAGCGUGUAUGUGAUGAAGGACCGGCUGAGCCUGUCCUGUUCGGGGGCUCUCUUCUUUCUAUUUUCUAUACCAUUCACCUCCAUGCAAGGGAGCGGAAGAAAUUUCUGGUUUUAUUUGAGGGAAACAUUAAAUUAUUGCAUUUUUUAUGUGUGCGAUUGUGAGUUUAAAUAGAAUGCAACACUUUGCGUCUCCUCUCCCUGCACAUAAGGGGCAAAGCUAGCGUGUUACUAGGCAGAUCUGGCUGUGUGUUGUGAGCAGUUUUAAGACUUAUUAUUAUUAUUUUGUAUUCAAAAAUAUAAAGUAAAAAAUAUAUAUUUAAACGUAGAGAAAUAAAACAUACAGAGU